AUGGCCAUCAUGAACAGAAGAGCGGCCCCACUUGUAAUGGCCCUCUUCUCUCUCGCUCCGAGCACCCUCAAGCCCGUCUCCGCCGCUGUCGACCCCAGUCUCAUUCCCGACGACUGCUCCAUGGCCUCCUUCUUCACCUCCUGCAGCUCCACCCCCCUCCCCUGCCCUCGUCUCGACACGCCCUGUGCCCAACACGUCAACGGGUGUUACCAGUACGAGGAAGAAUGCUUCUGCGCUCUUCCGCAGCCCAUCGCCUGCGCCUGGGCCUGCCCCUGGGCCGGGUGGAUGCGUGUCGAGGACUGGUAUCGCAACACCUGCGGCAGCCUCAAGACCAUUGACUUCGCUCUCGCUCCCGGGUGCGCAAGGGACUGUAUCAGAGAGGGUUCGUUCAACUAUGGAUGCGUUACCGAGGAGCAGUCGUGCUUCUGCCAACACGCUUCCGUCUUCGACUGCGAGCAGCAGUGCACACAGCGUGGAAAGGAUAGGCUUCAGGAGUGGGUAAGGGAUCAGUGCAAGUACACGGAGGGAGAAGAGGUGUGGGUUGUGCAGAGUGGGUCGCCGACGCGGGAAGAGGCGAUGACUACGGCCACAGCCACUCCCACCCAAACGGGAAGGGAGGAAUCAAAUGCCUCCAAGGGGGAUGCAAUCAUCAUCAACUCAACAGCGGAUCCGCUGUCGUGGUAUGAGAUUUUGGCCGUUACCGUGGCGUCGGUGUCGGGAGCGGCGCUGGUUGUGGCAUGGUUCCUUAUCUGGAGACAUAAGCGGAUGGAUAGGAGGAAUAUGCAGAGGAGGCAGAAGGAAGAGGGCGAAUAA